UACGCCACGGUAUUUGUUUGGCAAUGUUUAUUUAAAAUUUUGAUACAAUUCUUAAAAAAAAGUAUUGAAAAAUAUACGUUUUUACAAGUCUGUGUAUGACAAAUAUACGAAUAUUACACAUUUCGAUGAACAUAUGAGUGUUAUUUGUAGACAUUUGUUGAUAACAGCUGGCAGAUAACAUUACAAAAGAGUUAUGCGUUUAGCGAUAUGCAAGUUCCGUUUGUUGCAAAAGCUAUCGACGUAAUAGAUAUUCUAUAUUGACAUAAUUCUUCCGGUGAUGUAAACAAAAAGGAAAAGCUUUGUAUAAAUGCACUCUUUGGAAACUAGUUCAAAGUUGUCAGCGAUACUGUUCAAAUCGAAGAGAUGGAAACCGAAGUUGCAGAAGCACGACCCUUCAAAAAUUUGAAAGAAUUGUAUGAUAAUGUAGACGAUUUAAAAUUGUGGCCACCUACUAAAGAAUUACGGGAAUUAGCAGAUUAUGUGUAUCUUGGUUAUGAAAUAGAUGCCACGAAACGAGAUCUAGAAAAAGUUGAUAAAGAGAAGCUGCCUAGAACGUUACUCUGUCACGACAUGAAAGGCGGUUACCUAGAAGACAGAUUUAUAAAUGGAUCAAAGUCCCAUACUUCAUACCUUUUUUACCACUGGAGUGUCAUAGAUACUUUUGUGUAUUUUAGCCAUUAUUUUGUAACUAUACCACCUUUCGGAUGGAUUAACGCAGCACACGAUCACGGAGUAAAAAUUCUUGGUACUGUAAUUACAGAACGAGAAGGUAUUUGGGAGCCUAUACUUGAAACUCUGGAGACAGUGAGAAGGUUUGCAGAUGCCCUAAUUCACGUUGCAAAAUUUUAUAAGUUUGAAGGCUGGUUAUUGAAUGUUGAGAAUGUGAUUGAAACCAGUUUUGUUAAUAAUUUAUUGUAUUUCAUGAAAUAUCUAACGGAACGUAUUCACACAGAAAUUAGAGGUUCUGAAAUUAUUUGGUAUGAUAGUAUAACCAAAGAAGGAAAACUGCAUUGGCAGAAUGAGCUGAAUGAUAAAAACGUAGACUUCUUUUUAAGUUGCGAUGGUAUUUAUUUGAAUUACAAUUGGACCCAGUCGAAGCUUGCAAACAGUUACAUGCUUGCGAAAGACCACAAUCGAGAUGUACGCGAUAUUUAUGUGGGGUUGGACGUUUGGGGUAGAGGUUGUCCUGGUGGCGGUGGAUUCAACUCAACAUACGCUUUAGAAAAGAUACGACAAGAAGGAUUAUCUGUUGGUAUUUUUGCAUCAGGUUGGACUCACGAAUUUUUUGGGCCAAAAACAUUCCAUGCAUUAGAAGACUUAUUUUGGGCUCAACUUUUCCCCUAUUUGUAUGUUCACGUACCUAUUUAUGACAGUGAAGUAUUCAAAACGUCUUUCUGCCACGGAAAUGGUAGUUGCCAAUACCGCUCUGGUGAAGUAGAAUUGGAGAUGCACGUUGUACGAGGAAGACCUAUAUUCGAAAAGAAAUCAUUUUACAAUUUAGCCAUGCAAAAGCCUCAGAUUUCUGUGCCUACGCCACAUUUGAAGUUUAUAAGUUCCCUCGAACUGAAACACAAAGAUGACGAAACUCAGCCUUCGAAAGAGUGGACGGAAUAUAUUUACGAAACAAAAAGAUACGUUAUUCGAAUAUAUAAAAAUAUUGUAAAUAUUGAUAAUAAAUUGCCUGUACCGGAUAUAAAUUUCUUCGAAUUUUGCGAUCAAUUCUCCUACGAGGGUGGCAGUUGUUUAAAAUUAAUUACGAACGAGCCUAAAUCACAUCACAGAUUGUUUUUAAUUCACGCCGAAUUUCAACAAGACAUCCAAGCAACCAUUGUAUACGAAGAAGCGGAAUCAUUCGAGGAAACUGAAAUACAAAAUGCGCCGAUAUUAAUACUGACCAACGAUGCGGGUUCGAAAUCUAUCGCGCCGUAUAAAUCAGAAAGGGUCAACUUCAAGUGGAAAAAGUGUAUUUAUUUGACAAACAUGAAGACCGUGAACGAGAUCAGCGUGUCCUUUGCGAGGAAGUGUGUCUGUUAUAUGGGAGAGGUCAGUCUGGAACAAAAGCAACGACACCAUCUCGCUGAUACUGCCGACCGUCAAUCGUUUCUGUAAGGGAAACAAAGUUUAAUUUAUCAACUGUUUUCUAAACGAACUACUAAUUGUAUCAAUGUAAGAAAAUUUAUAGAUAUUAUUAAAUAGUCAGUAUUGGAAUUUCAAUCGCGAUUCUCAGUUUUCAAAUCAGACGUAUGUUGUCACUUUGCUUUGGGACUCGCGAGAUGGCGCUGAAUAUGCCCCCAAAAUUUAUAUGGAAUUUUUAAGCUAUGUAGAUUUAUAUAUUGAUUUAAGUCGCGUAUUACAUGUGCAAUGAUACAUUCCGUUAUGCCGUUUAAGUUUAACAAUCAGUAUUGGAAGUACUAUACAUAUAAUUCAAUCGAAGAAAAUCUUUAGAAUCUAUUAAAUAGAAUAUUUCCAAGAGGU